GGUCCAACAGCUAGAUCUCGAAUAUGACUGUGCCUUCUACAAACAUGGCCAGCAGAGCUAUCAAGUCAGAAGAUGCCCAAGCCCAGGAUGCGACCGUCACUGAGGCCAUCUCUGAAGAAUCAGAGGCCGACGCAAACACGAUGCACGGCUUCAAACUUUUCACCAUAUUCGUCGGCAUCUGCUUGGGCGCAUUUCUGAUGUCCUUGGACAUUUUCGUCAUCGCUACAGCCAUCCCAUCCAUCACGUCCGACUUCAAGGAUACAGCUCAACUGGCCUGGUAUCCGGCUGCCUACUCGCUCACAACAUGCGCAUUGACUCCACUGGUCGGAAAGCUCAGCUCCCAGUUCCCACUCCGCUGGCUCUACAUAACCCUCUUCUCCAUAUUCCUCGUCGGCAGUCUCGUCUGCGGCUUCGCACCCAACAGCAACACCUUCAUUGCGGGUCGCGCCAUUGCCGGGAUUGGGGCGUCCGGGGUCGCCAGCGGCGGCUUUGUGAUCGUUCUCACCGUUUCGCCCGCCAAAUCCAAACCGCUGCUGCUGGGGAUCUGCAGCAGCUGCUUCGCGCUAGGGCUCAUCCUGGCGCCGGUCAUCGGCGGCGCGUUCACGGAGAAGGCGACCUGGCGAUGGUGCUUCUGGGUGAAUCUGCCGCCCGGGGUGCUGACGCUGCUCUCGAUGCUGUGCUUUUUCAAACCCCCGUCCCUCCAGCGGGACCGGCCCGCUGUCCAGCGCAUCCUGGACCUUGAUCCCUUCGGAUGUGCGAUCUUCAUCCCGGCGAUCUUCAUGCUGCUCCUUGCCAUGAUGUGGGGUGGGACGGAGAAGGCGUGGAGUUCGGCCACGAUUAUCGGGCUGUUUGUGGGCGGCGGGGUGAUGCUCAUCGGGUUCGUGUGCUGGGAAGGCUAUAAAGGCGAGAGCGCGAUGAUUCCGGGCAAUGUCGUCGCCCGACGCACCGUCACGUUCAGCGUCCUGUUUUCCUUCUGCCACUUCGGUUCGAUCGGGAUCCUGAACUACUAUCUUCCCGAAUGGUUCCAGGUCGUGCAGGGCGCGAGCCCGCUACAAAGUGGCACGCGCGUGUUGGCGGCGGUGCUUUCGCAGAUCGUCGGGACCUUGGCGGCGGGGAUUCUCGCACGGAAAAUCCACUACUACAACCCGUGGCUCUACGUGGGCCCGCUCCUCAUGUGCACCGCCGCAGCCCUGUACACGCAGUUCUCGGCCUUCCACACCCCAUCCAGCCACUGGAUCGGAUUUCAAGUCAUCCAGGGUCUCGGCGUCGGCAUGGCGCAGCAGAUGCCCUCGCUAAUCGUCCAGCAAGCUGUGCAUGACAAGCCAGAGCUCAUGCCCGUCGCGAUCUCUUUGAAUCUAUUCUUCCAGUACCUAGGCGCCACCGUCAUGCAGGCCCUUGGCGGGGUUGUGUUUCGAUCAACUUUGGCUACCGAACUAGCAGACCAUGCGGGCCUGGAUGCCCGGCAGAUCGCGCUGCUGUCUGCGGCCGGGACGGCAGAUGUGCGUGGUACUGCGGAACAGAGGUUUCCGGAUCGAUUGCGCUUGAUCCUGGAGGCUUACAAUACGGCCAUUACUUCGACUUUUUUUGUGGCUGUCGCUACGACCGCUGCAGCGUUCCUUUUGGCGUUCGGAGUCAAGUGGGAGAGAAUCACUGACAAGAAGACGACGGGCCCGGGGGAUGCUGAGGGCGAGACUCAGCCGCGGUAAAUCGCUAACUUAUCGUCUACUGAAUUGUGAUAUUAUGAGCAAUGGUGGGUGUUAAGGGCUUAUAGAAUCGGAACCAGAGUGAUCGACGCUGAGAUAGAUAAGGUAAUUUUAGAAAGAUGCCCAAAACAUGCCGGCG